AUGGGAACACUUGCAACUCUCUAUGGCUUAGCUCGCCUUAACAAAAGGAAACCUUUUCUACAAUUAUAUACUGCAAACUUCCUCAGGCAAUAUUUUCAAAUAAACUUACCUGUAACUCUUAAGCUUUGGGAGAAAAACAAGAAACUUUCGUACCAUAACAUCGGUACAUUCAUACAAUCGAGGGAUGUAACAUUGGCCAAAGAUGUUGUUAUUUUGAGAGGAUAUAAAUUCCCGAAUUCACCAACAUUUUACGAUUUUGUGAGAUAUGAGAUUAAAGAACAGUUUCGGUUCAUUGAUUCAAUAGAUGAAUAUGCUGAGUCAGUGUUACAUCAAAUACAACAGACAAGGUCAGUAGAGACGUUUAUAGGAAUUCAUGUGAGAAGAACAGAUAUGGUAAAAGUAAUGAAACGUCACAAAUCUUUUCUUCCAGGAAGUGAAUAUUUCAAUAAGUCUAUGGAUUAUUUUCUUUCUAGAUAUCAAAAUGUGGCUUUUGUGGUCGCUAGUGAUGACCGGAAAUGGUGCCAAGAAAACCUGAUACACCCUAAUCUUGUUAUAGCUCCACAUCCUCCGUCUCCUGCUCAUGAUAUGGCAGUCUUGUCCAAGUGUAAUCAUAGUAUUAUCACUGUAGGCACAUUUGGAACAUGGGCUGCAUACCUAGCUGGAGGAGAAACUAUCUACUUUAAGGCUUUUCCACCGAAACAUCCAUAUCUUAAGUCAUAUCCGUAUGAAUACAUGUAUCUCCCUGAAUGGACAGGCAUGUCGUGA